GUCAAGCGCCCCUGCGUGCCCUUGCGCGAUGACGCAACGCGACAACUGCGGGUCCCGAUUGCUGCAGCCGCUUGUCAGUGUGACGAAGAUUGGCACUCAGGUUGGCCACCUAUCCCUUCUCUCUAUAAUGCCCCAGUGUUUGCAGCGUCUGCAGUGAACGUGAUGGCAGCCCAGUCGGUUUCCAUAGACAAGUACCCAAAGGGCGAGCAGCAGAUGCAAGGUGUAGUGAAAGUAGACAGCGAUUCGGAGCAGAAGUUUAUUGAGGGGACAUUGGCAGAGGUGCCCAGCCCAGCACCCACAGAGCCACAGACACCCAUGGACGCAGACAAAGCAUCCAUAUAUCGGCAUCCCUUGUUCCCUCUAUUGGCCCUGUUGUUUGAGAAGUGUGAACAGUCUACACUGAGCUCUGAAUGCAUCACCUCAGCAAGCUUUGAUGUGGACAUUGAGAAUUUUGUCCGCAAUCAGGAGAAGGAGGGGAAACCUUUCUUCAGUGAGGACCCUGAACUUGACAACCUGAUGGUGAAAGCCAUCCAGGUGCUGCGAAUCCACCUCCUGGAGCUGGAGAAGGUGAGUGAUCUGUGUAAAGACUUCUGCAGCCGCUACAUCGCCUGCCUCAAGACAAAGAUGAACAGUGAGACCCUUCUGAGUGGGGAGCCGGGAAGCCCAUAUUCCCCUGUACAAGGCCAGGCCCAAAGCUUUUCACCCACCAAGACUCAGACCCCCAGCUCCAUCUCGGGGACCAUCAGCCCCCAGGGUCAAAUUGUAGUGCCAGCAUCAGCCCUGCAGCAAGGAAAUGUUACUGUGACAACUGUCAACCCAACCCAGGUGGUCGCAGGUAUGUCACCAUGGCAUACAACCCCUCCCUCAGGUGGCACGGUGUACCAGCCAGUCACAGUCGUCACUCCUCAGGGCCAGGUGGUAACACAGGCUCUUUCUCCUGGGACAAUACGCGUCCAAAACAAUCAGCUUCAGCUGCAGUUUCACCAGGACUUGAACCUCUUUAAUCAUGAUGACAGCUCAACCAAGAACAAGCGGGGUGUUCUACCCAAACAUGCCACCAAUGUCAUGCGUUCAUGGCUCUUUCAGCACAUUGGGCAUCCCUAUCCUACAGAAGAUGAAAAGAAACAGAUUGCCACUCAGACAAACCUGACACUUCUGCAGGUCAACAACUGGUUUAUUAAUGCACGGAGACGGAUUUUGCAGCCCAUGUUGGAUGCCAGCUCCUCUGAGACACCCAAAGCCAAGAAGAAAACGCCUCAAAACAGGCCACUGCAGCGCUUCUGGCCUGACUCCAUCGCAGCAGUCGGAGGGAGCCAGCAGCAAGUUACCAUGCCAGAUGGUACAAUGGUGACAAUGAACGUUGAGGGCCUGCAGAGCCUGACGUCAGACGGCGCCACACUGGCAGUACAGCAGGUUAUGCUGGGAGGCCACAGUGAAGACGAGUCGGGGGACAGUGGAGAUGAGGAUGAUGACACAGAUAUGGCUGGGCUGGGCCUGGACAACAGCGACUCAUUGCAGUAGAGGACACAAUCCCUCACACACUGAUAUACACAUUCACCAGACAUGCAUAAAUAGGUCUACAGAGCACAGGUGCAGGAGGUUUACAUAGAGCACAAAAGCACAGGACCUGCCGGAAAAUGGUCCUAAACUCUUCCAACCCUUCAUCCUGCUGAACUGCUGUAUGCUUUGUGUGUGUGUGUUCAUCAGGAGUUUCAUUUCAGAGACCGUUUAUUUUCCCAUUAAAUUUAGUUGAGUGCACUUUUUUGUAUAUUUAAGCUCAAAAAGAUUAAAUCAAACGGAAAAAAUAAGUGUUAAAAACACAUACGGCAAAUUUUUAUGCUGUCUUAGUAAAUAUUAAUUGACUUUAUUUUUCCUUCCUUUCUUUUUUUAUCUCUACCUUUUCCCCAGUUGAAUUCUAAUUUUGGAUGCCAACACAAGUUGUAUCUGUAAGGGUUUGUCUUCACUUUUUGCAUGCUUGUGUUUCAAGUAAAUGUACACACUUACAAUUUAUUCCACGGCUCUCCAACAGGUUCCCACAGGCCAAACAGAGAACAAGUGGAGAGAUUGAAAAGAAAAAAAAGAGGAGAAAUGCUUAUUUUUAUAUACAGACAUAAAAUUUGUGUGUUUUUGUUUCAUUUUUGCGUUCACCUGUUUUGUAAGGAAUAUUUAUGUACAGAUUCAUAAUUGAAGCUAGCAACCCUGCUUUUCAGGGUUAUAUGAAGUUUUCUAAAUAACAUAAAAAGGAAUUGAAUGGUCAUGAGAAUUGCUAUUUUAAUUGGUUUUAACUUACAAUACUAACAAGGCCUUUUCUGUUCUUUUCUAGAGAUUUCUAGCUAAAAAGCACAUAAAGAAAAUCUGACCCUUGGAGAAAUUGGUCAAAAAGACACUAAACUACGCAACACUUUUGUGCUCUGUAAAGCAUUGUUAAUACUUUUAUUUUGUGUACUGCAAUACCCCAGUUGUCUGAAGAUAUUAUCUUACACAGUAAUGUGACUGCAGUGCUUCAGCGUUUUAGAAAUAUACAGUUCAAGUUUAACUCACAUUGUGUAUACCAUACAUCUUUUAAUCGUUUUUACGAUAGUUGCGUAGGCACCACUUUCUCAAAUCCACAAUUCAGAACACUAUGCUAAAUCACAUGGUCCUGAGAUGGAAAGCCCUGGUAGGGCAGUUUCCUCAAGUGCAGUGAGAUAUGAAAUCCAUCAUCAACAAGACGCAGUGGAUGUUUUGCUCACAUUCAGCUUUUAUUUAUGUACAUGUAUAUGCUACUGCAUUGAAAACAGAGAGCAGUUGGAAAGUUAGUCCUUGUUUAUAGCCUGCCUGAAGGAAUGGGAGUAAGCACUGUAGCCUCUGUCGGCCCCCCUGCCACUACAAACAAUGUAGUGAAAAAUUUGAAAUCUCAUUAGCAAAGUGUUGAUAUUACUGCACAAAUUGGGGUGCCUCUUCUUUAGAUAACUGUAAUAAUGUACUGUACAACAGUUUUCUGUUAAUAGGUGCAGUAAUCUUUUUUUCUAUCCUUGUAAAGGUGAGACCCGGUUGAUUUAAUGUGGCCUGAAGGUUUAGUGACUCUAGGUGGGCCUUUGUUGAGCUCUCGGUUCUUCACUUGUGUCUGUCUUGCUUUAUAUGAAGCAUUGUUCACUUUUCUCGUCUGUUUUGCCUUAGAGCUUUCUAUUUUGGAAUAAAUGAUGCCCAACUCUC